UCGAUGCCGGACAGCUCGGCGCACGCGGCCGGGGAACCUUCGGAUCCGAUACCCGCCCCGGCCCCUUGGCAUCUUGGCAGACGCAGGCCACGUGCCGGGAGCCCGGUGGCCCGCUCGCCGCCUCGUCUUUAUAAGCCGGCGGCCGGGAGAGCUCAGCUCAUCGCACUCAAGCUCAGCCGCUGCAACUUGCUCGCUCGAUCUGGGCUCUAUCUGAUAUUUUCUCCCCUCUUCCUCCUACUCGGCGGCCGAGAUAAAAGAGAUCGACCGAGAAGAUGUCGGACGGCACGGCGACCUGCAUCGACAUCAUCCUCGCCAUCAUCCUGCCGCCGCUCGGGGUCUUCUUCAAGUUCGGCUGCGGGGUUGAGUUCUGGAUCUGCCUCGUCCUCACCUUCUUCGGCUACCUCCCCGGCAUCAUCUACGCCGUCUGGGCCAUCACCAAGUAGAAGAUCGACAUCUUCUUCAUUCGAGGUGAUAAUGUGGGACCUCAAGCGCGUGAUUAUUCUGGUGUAAUCUGCUAGCUGCAGCUAUUUGAGACGUUGUAAUUUUUUUUUCUUCUAGUAGUUUCUGGUUUUCCUUGUUUCUUUUGCUUUGGGCGCGGCGUAUAGUGGCGCACCGUGCUGGGCGCGUCGUACGUCGGCCUGGUGUUAUUGCUCUGUAUCGUCCAGUUCCUCUGCGCAUUUCCGUCCCUGUACUUUGAUUAAUUAAUUGAUUCGUCCUUAAUUUCUUCGGUGGAAGAAAAUCGAAUCC